AUGGCUGGUCCAGUGAAAGGAACGUCUCAUAUCAUUCGCUCUUCUCUCCCAUAUCAAGUGUUGCUCUACUGCAAUGCCUGGUAUUUUGGAUUCUUCUUUAUUGCGGAGAUUCUCCUGUAUAUUUACAAAGGAGAAAUGCUGCCAUUUGCAAAUGGAAUUCUUGUGGCUGAGGUCAUUAUCUUGUUCCUGAUUACUAUUCUUGAAAUAAUCAGGAUAUUCUUAGGGCAAAAGGGCAACUUGACGGAGCGGAUGGUCGCCGUUAUCCUGUCCCUCGUAAUCAGCAUCCCCGUCUUGAUCGGCAUCAUCUACUUGUUACUAUGGCAGACGUACGUGUUGCGGGUUGAGGUCAUCCUAUGUGGCAUCGAGUUAACUUUCCUCGGGUUAGAGCUCAUCUUCUCCAUAGUUGCUAUUGUGACAUUCGCAAGAGCAACACCCUACUGAAAGAAUCCAUCACAGAAUUAUCCGUCCUUAUUCAUAGAAGACUGUAGGAUUAUGUUGGUAUUGUGCUGAAAUUCAACCAAGCUGUUCAAAAACUGUCACAAGCGUUGCCCAAGCUGCCAAAUUUCCAGUUGAGCUGUGCAUAUCUUCACGUUAGGUCUCGAGGAAUAUGCUCAAAAAUGAGAUUGUACGCUUACUUUUAGCUUUGUAAAUCAGGCAUGAAGAACUUAGUUGUAGCAGAUUAGAAAGUCUGCCUCUAAAUAAAGAAGGUCCAGGUACGAUGGACAAUCAUACAAAGUCUUAUUGCUACUUGCUUUUAUACAACAAAGUACUUUUUACGCUUGUGGUACCGUGAGUUGGAUUCUGAAUUCAUUUGAGUAUGCUCAUUGAAGAAAGGAUCAUGGGAAAGAAGUAUCCGCCCUUUGGUUCCCAUUAUCAAGUGGGAUGAAUUACGACUGUGGAAGGGGAUCAUAAUGUUCCUUCAAUUUACCUGAGGUGGAUUUCAAUGCUGACCUUUUAUUAUGUAUGUAGUUAUUGUAAAUAGUUUAUACUUAUUGUAAUAAAAA